AUGAUCAGUGGAGCAACCAACUGGCACGAUGCCAUUGGAAAAGCCAUCAAGGUUACACUAUCGCUUGCUAAAAACCUUAAAUCUAAGAACGAUAUGAUUGCACCAGCAAUAGCUAAUCUGCCAUCUAUUAAGAAACAAUCCCUUGAGAAAACAUGCAAAGAGUCUUUCCAGACAGUGAUUGAUAUGCUUAUGGAGGGACAGGAUGCUUUUGCAGCCGGUGCCAAUGGCACGGUGCACACCAAAUUAAGCGCUGCUUUAGAUACCGAGUGUGUUGAUGAACUUUCAAAAUGCUGGGCUUACUUUCCCAGAAGCCAACAAGGCCGAGGAACUUCUACUAUAGUAUCUAUCUGCUUGGCGAUAAUGGCACAAAAUGAGUUCGUCGUGCCAUAG